UUCAAACAGUGCACCACAACUAUGGAGCAUCACUCAGCCCUAAGGCAUAUAUCCUUUCUCCUCCUCCUCCCUCUCCUGGCCAGCAUGCAUUAUGGUCAGGCGAACCCUGGUCCUCGCUUGAUCCAUUCCAUCUUCAGCUUCGGCGACUCGUAUGCCGACACUGGCAACUUUGUCAAGCUCGCUGCGCCUGUGUUUCCGGUCAUCCCUUUCAGUAACCUCCCCUAUGGGGAGACCUUCUUCGGUCGCCCCACCGGCCGAGCCUCCAAUGGCCGCAUCAUCAUGGACUUUAUUGCUGACGAGUUCGGGCUCCCUUUUGUCCCCCCGAUUCUCGGUGAAGAAACUAACUUCACCCAUGGAGCAAACUUCGCUGUCGUCGGCGCUACGGCACUCGACCUAGCCUACUUCCACGAGAAGAACAUCACAAGUGUACCCCCUUUCAACAGCUCCUUAAGCGUGCAGCUCGACUGGUUCCAGAACCUCAAGCCCACCUUGUGCUCAACACCACAAGGUUGCAGAGACUAUUUCAGGGGAUCCCUCUUCUUUAUGGGAGAGAUCGGAGGGAACGACUACACCUUCAUCAUGGCCUCCGGCAAAACCUUUGGCCUGGUAUACGUCCGAGACGUCGUACAAGCCAUCUCAGACGGCGUUGAGCAACUAGUUAAGGAGGGAGGCAGGAACGUGGUGGUGCCUGGGCAACCGCCAAUGGGGUGCAUUCCCAUCGUUCUGACCUUGUACGCCAGCCCGAACAAGACACACUACGACCGCCGGGGGUGCCUGAUAAAAUACAAUGCUCUAGCGCGCUACCACAACAGACUGCUGGUGGCGGCCGUGUAUCGGCUCCGGAUCAAGUACCCCCAGGCCAAGAUCGUCUAUGGUGACUACUACACUCCAGUGAUAGAGUUUCUCAAUGAACCAACAAGAUACGGGUUUAGUGCUUCGUCGGGGCUCCAGGUGUGCUGUGGAGCAGGUGGGCCAUAUAACUACGACAUGACAGUGGCUUGCGGGUUUCCUGGCGCGAGCGCAUGCACUAACCCCGACACGCACAUCAACUGGGACGGUAUCCACCUCACGGAGUCUGCAUAUAGGCUCAUCGCCACCGGUUGGCUCUUGGGGCCCUUACGCACAUCUGCGCCUAUUCUGGAGGCCAUGUCAGGAUCUCAGGAUCUCAAGACAUGUUCAAUCUUAUAAAUCAACACCUUGAGUUACGCUAGCUAGCUCCUGAGUAGGAGUACUAGCUAGCUGCAACCGACGCUGGUCUCUUGAAGCUCUAUCCCUACGGCUGCAACCUUUAUCUGCAUGCAUGCUACUCGUUCAAUAAACAAGCUCCACACUUCCUAGCUAAAGUGAGUGUGUGUGUGUGUGUGUGUGUGUGUGUGUGUGUGUGUGUGUGUGUGUGUGUGCGCGCGCGUGCGCUUAUGGUUAUAAUAGUGUGAGACAGACAUAAUCGCCGCUCAAGUAUAAAUGAAAGCAGUAUGGUAUAUGUAAACCCUGAAUUCAUGUCUGCUAUUUCCUUUCCAUAUGACAAUCUGAAGGAUAUCCUUUUAUGUA